AUGGAGAACCCUUCCCCCGCUUCAGUACUGGGUAAGCACGCUCGGGACGAAUCUUCAGAGCAGACACCCCAGGAGUCAUCCAAAUUGUUCCAAUGUGGUGAUUGUAGAAAGAGUUAUUCACGGGUUGACCAUCUUGCAAGACAUGUUCGUCUGCAUACCAAAGAGAAGCCCUACCUCUGUCAGACCUGCAACAAGAGCUUUGCUAGAGCCGAUCUCCUCAAACGCCAUGUAGCAGGCCAUGAAGCUCGAGGAGAACAAUCAGCAAACACCCCAGCACCAAAUCGCCAAGGACGCGUCAGUAAAGCAUGUGAAGCCUGUGCCGAAUUGCACAUUCGCUGCGACGAACAGAAGCCAUGUACGAGAUGCAACAAAAAGCAGAUGACCUGUGUGUAUCAGUCUUCGCCACCGCCACCAGACAAGGAAGCUGUUGCUAGAGAUCUUCUGGCCUUUGCAAGUGAGCCGGUUGUUAUGCCAUCUGACAUGCCAUCGAUGAAUCCUACAAUAACUCAUCCGAUGGGUAUGAACGACAUGAACCAGGAUGAUGUGAGUCUAUCCUCAUCCUUCAUGGAGCCACCGAGACCGUACCAAGCCUCGACAGAGCCCAUGAUCAACAUGACGACAGCCGACGACCAGAUGGUGGACCCAUCACUGACUCAACAGAAUCCUGGCCAUGUAUCUGUGCCAGCGUAUGAGAAUGAUGGGAGCUUUUUGCAUGACUUCCUACAGAGCAUCAUCGGCGGAGAUCCAUUCCCUCGACAACCUGCACCAGGAGAGCUCAUACCUGGCACAUGGACGCCACGGAAUGUCUUCGACUUUGGUACAAAUACAGACCUCGAACUCAACGACCUAGAUCUCGGAUUUCUGGACGGGUACAACCACGAGAUACCUUUCGCAUCGUUCGUGGAAACCCCGGAGACAGCACGAUCAAUACCUGGAUCCACGAGCGACCCGCCCUCAGCUCUGGGAGUCGAGUCGUUACAAAAGUCCUCGACAUGGCGCUUCCGUCCUGUUACACAAGAUCGUGGCAUGAACGAUCAACAAAACAUAUCAAUGCCGAACGGCGAUACCAGCAAGCGAUUACCAGUCCAGAGAAGAGUGACGUCCGAGAUGCUUUCAUACAACAUGCGAGAUCGUAUCAUGGCCCUGUUCAUGUCUUCCGCCAAUGCAGAUACACUUCAAAAGACGAUGCUGUCAUUCCCAUCGCUCGAGCUUCUGGACAGUUUGUUGCAAUACUUUCUUUCAUCGAAAACCGCCAUAUCGAAUCGAAUGAUUCAUCUGCCAACAUUUCGACCAAACAAUGCGAGACCAGAACUGAUUGCAGCGAUGGUUGUUGGUGGUGCAACUCUUGCUCCAGAUAUCAGCUUGAGGAAGAUGGGAUUUGCGUUGAUGGAAGUAGUCCGCGUCGGGGUACCUAACAACAUCGAAAGAGACAACACACUCAUUGGCGAUGUUGAGUGCGUGACGUCGCUCGGCAUUGGCCUGAGCUCCGGUCUCUGGAGCGGAAACUCUCGCAAGAUGGAAAUCGCGGAGAGCUUCCUCCAGCCAUAUCUAACCAUGUGCCGCCGCAGAGGCUGGUUUCGGAGAUCUGCCUAUGAGGCCAUUAUCCCAUACUCGACGGAUACAGGCAAAGCUCUUGAAGACAAGUGGCAUGCGUGGGCCAAACAAGAGAUGCGAAAGAGGCUGGUCUUCUACCUAUUAGAGUACGACACCCGUCAGUCGAUUACGCUGUUCACAAAUCCUCUGAUAUCGUAUGCGGAACUCGGCCUACCUCUACCAGAAGCUGAGAGUCUGUGGAUCGCCGCGACAGCCGAGAAGUGGAAGCAGACAUACAUGUCUCUGGAUCAACACAAGCAAAGAGAACCAUCUCUUACUGACUUGCUACAAGAUGUUGAGCUUCUUGGCGAGGGACACGACAUGUUCGAUGAGACCACUGCGAGUCAAGCACUGCUCAGUGCCGCUUGGCGUCUGAUCUGGGAAUAUCGACAAAUGUGCUCCAUCAGCAGAGGUCAAGCAAGCUCAUGGAGCAACUCAAAUCUGUUGCUAUCAUCAAGACUUACAGAGCUCACAAGACUUCUCGACUGUGUCAAGAUGAGCUCGCAUACCAAUGUCGCCAUGACUCUUUCCCUAGAGCUGCUGCUCAUGCACCUGCAUAUCUCGCUCGAGGAAAUGCAUCUUUUCGCAGGAGCAGAAGGUCACUCAGAAGCAAGAAGAGUGUUUCCUCUACUGCAAGAAUGGGCCAAGUCUUCCAGUGCUCGUCAAGGUGUCUAUCACGCUGCUCAAAUUGUAGCGGCGGCCAGAAAGAUACCCACCGGCUGUCUGCGAGACUUCCACGCCAUCGUACUCUACCAGGCAGGCCUGGCCCUAUGGUCAUACGGUGUGAUCUCAAACGCCGCACUCACCGAAUCAGCCCUCGACUCCAUCGGCAAUAUCUCAGCACGACGAGGUGAAAGCGUCGCCAUGCUAGACGAAACAGAUAGCAACGGCGCGCAAAGAUUCAUCAGCCUGAACAAAGGACAAGCUGCUAUCAAAAAGGCUGUCGGUGACCCUAGCGGCACGCAUGUGUUGUUAUCAGAGCCCGCGGCUGUAAUGAGUGUGCUUAUGGAUAUCUUCAGGAUGAAUGGUCGGCCACCGAGGUCGGCGCCGCCCCUGGUGGAGAAUUUGCUGGAGCUUAUGGAGGGGUUGAGGCUUGCGGUUCUUGAGCCUGGUACUUGUUGA